AUGUCACCAAACAAUUUUUCUAUCCAGUCCUUUUUCGAUGAACAUUUCAUUGGUGUCAAACAAAAUACUUGUCGUCAAGAUAAGUGUGUAAUGAGUGUUUUCACAAGUAAUCAACUACCUAUCAUCGAAGUCAAAUUUAACCGAACCAUUGUGAAGUUUCUCUUGGAUACCGGUUCCUCAGUAUCCCUUUUAGGCAAACAUAUCUUUACGUCUUUGCAACAAAAACAAAAAAUAAGAAGAUUAUCCCGACAAGUGUCAAUUACAACCAUCAAUUCAAAUCUCGAUUUUGAAGCGUGUAUUGAAGCUUCUUUCAAAAUCCAGCACAAAUUCUUUAAACAUCCUCUUUAUAUCAUCCCGCUGUUAAAUCAGUCCUUUCAUGGCAUUCUGGGAUACGAUUUCAUUGUGGCUCACAACAUCUUGAUCCAUCCACAAAAGAACUUUAUCACAAUCCAAGACGAGAAAGUCCAAUUCUGUCACUCCAAUGUUGACACUUCCAAGUUGGAUGAAGAUACCCAUUUAACAAAUGACUCAGACAUCCCAAUCCUUCAUCUUUCUCAAACAAAGCAAGAAAUCAUUCCAAUUAAUAAAUCUGGCUUUCGACAAUCACAAGAACAUAAAGAGCACUCAA